AUGAUAUCAGAGGGAAGUUUUCUAGAUCCCCAAGCUGCGGCAAAUAUAUAUGGCCAGAAAAAGGCAUCUGAUGCUGGAACAAUGCUAACAAACUCAACAAAUAGCAAAACUUCAUCUUUGAACUUUGAGUUGUUUGGUUUUAGAAGGAAAGCAAAGCAAUAUUUCGAAACGACAACCCAAAGGUUCAGGGAGUAUGGGAUUGAUAAGGAUUUAAUACGUGGUAGUAUUAACUCAAGACCAAACUCUCAAGAUGAGACGGGUGAGAAUAACCAAUCAAAAAUAAUGAUGGAUAUGUUAUUUGAAAAGGCCAACAAUGGUGCCAAACAAGAGAUUGAAAAAAUUAGCGGUGGUGGAAAAUAUGGUGUGCACAUCUCAACCACACCAAAAAGUGUUCCAGAAUUAGUUUGUGAAGCAGUGUAUCAGGAUGUUCAUGGGGAAAUUCUCCUUGGAAGUCCUGGUUCUGAACUUGCAGAAAUGUCUACAAAUGAACAAAGAAGAAUAGUAAUCUUCAACGAUUUACCCAAAAAUAUUGGUGUUGGAGCUUUAUUGGCCCAAAUUGGUGGAGGUCCUUUAGAAAAAGUCAUGUACAGCUAUGGUGAUAAGCAUGAUUCAAAUAAUGUGUCAUAUGUUGAACUCCAUUUCUUAUUCCCUGCUGAUGCUGCUCAUUUCAUGAAAUUUGCCAGGUUCCAUUUAUUUAAAGUCAAUGGGGUCCAUCUAAUACCUCGUUGGGGCCAAAAAGAUUCAGGUAGUCCUUCAGACAUCCAACAAUAUAUUAAUCCAGACUUAUGUGGUAACAUUCAAAAUUUUGAUUCUACUGGGGCACGUCGCUGUCUAAUCAUGAAAAAAUACUCUAGGAAACACAAAUCACUUUCUAAGGAUUUGAAUCCAAAAUCUCAUAUAUAUGAUUUGGAUAUCCAAGAGAUCAUAAAGGACUUUAAUCAAUUUGGUCAGAUCUUGGAGAUUUCUCCUCUUAUAUCGAGAAAAAUCUGCCUCCAGAUCAACUUUCAUGAUAUCAGAAGCGCAAUAGAGGCGAUGAAGAGUUAUGAGACAUCUAACUCUUACUUGAAUGAUAGAUACUCAAAGGACUGGUCCAUCUGGUAUGGUAAGGACAUUGUAGAUAAGCCAUGCAUUGAGGUUUAA